GAGGUUCAAACAACAACAAAACAAGUCACUUGACUGCAGAAAAGCAACCUGUUUAACGAGAGAUUUGUGGUGCGAGAAAGCAAUUUUUAGUUUGUAUUAAAAGUUUACACAGAAUUAACAAAUAAAGAAAAAUUAAUAUGAGAAAAUACUGAAAAAUAAUUGCAUAUUUAGUUUAACGGUUAAAAAUACAGAAGAAAAUAAUGGCGGAGGGCGGAUACCCAACAGAUGGUUCGAAGUAUAUUCACGCGUUUUAUGUGUAUCCAGACGCUACAGAUGAAUCGCAAGCUGAAGUUGAACAGUUUCGCGAGGGUGUCCAAAUGGAUCCAAUCCAGGCUAUGGCUGGCUUUGAAAAUGACUUUAAUAAUUACUUAUGGCAGAAACGCACCUUCAUACUUGGACAUGGGAAUGGACCAUCAAGUCACGCUGAAUGGUAUCGCACGCCAUACACGAUAGAACAAAACGUGAUCUCACCAAGUAAAGCAUUUAUGCGAGAACAUCCAGCUGAUGAAGAGCCUAACAGAGCAUUGAUGUUACCCGAUGGUUCCAUCACGGAGAUAACUCAGUACACUGAUCUGAUGUGCAAAAAGGGGGUCCAAACUGAAUUUUAUGUUGUUUCGAAGUCGUUUCCUGAUCUAGGAUUCAGCGUUGUGCAAAACUUUCGCAAGGUAAACGACAUGCAAAGUGGGAUAGAGACCUAUAUUAGAGGUGAAUGUAUUGAAUACAAGACGAAAGAAGCUCCGACUGAAGACAUACCUACCAACAGAGUUCGGACUUUGGAGGAAGUGUUAGCCUCGUUUCACGUCCAACGACAACUAACGUCUAAAAUUUUAUACUUGAGCAAACCGCUAUUGAAGCAAAACGAGCAGAAAACCGUCAAACGGUUAAAUACUCGAUCACCACAUUGGACAAGACGACCGAGAACAAUCACAAGACCAGGUCAAAGGGACGUUCAUACUGUACCUGGAGACCGUGAGACAAGCACAACAUCAUCCGAAUCAGAAGGAGAUAAACCAAAAGGCAGAAAAGUGACGUCUGUUCUUGCUGUGCAAAUCAACCAGCAGCAUUUUAAAAAAUCUUCCACGCCAUCUUGGUUUCGCAAAGAAACCAAACAAACAGUCAUUAACGAGCUUCGAACUGAAUGUAAUCAAAUCAUGCAAGAACGCAACCGUAUGAUUGGUAACCCGCAGAAAAAGCAACCGUUAGGUCCAGUUGAAAUACCCUUGCUAUUCGGUUCAUCACAGUCUGAUGAUAUCAUAGAGGACUCCAUAACGAACUCACCUUUAGCAAGGAGGAAAAUACAAGUUCCUAAUGUGAUUCUCACUACAAAAUUGCAUCGUAUGAGCAGCAAAGACUCUCAAUCUUCAGUUGAUCCUAAAAGUUCGACAUCUGAUGACGACCAGUUUGUGCACAUUGAUUUGUCACCCUUUCAGGAUCUACCGGACAAGGAGAACAUCCCUGUCACGCGAAAAGGAAGGGAAAUUAAAUUUCAUGGUAUCACAAGCACGAAGAAACACGGUAAGGAACUUGAAGAUGAGCUUAAGGAAGUGCAAAGCUCUAGAACGGACGAGGUGAUGUAUAAGACACAUCAGCUAGAACGACCACCGCAAAUUCGGAUUCGUCCAAAUUCAAGAAGAAUCUAUACUCCGUAUACAGAUAAACCCAAAGGCAGCACUACGACACGUGCCUCUGUUCCACCUGUUUCGCUAAUCGAUAUGGAAAAUACGCUUUCCCAGUCAAGGAGAGAACGAGGACACCUUGUUCAGUUCGUCUCUCAAAGUUCUUUAAUUGACAGCACAGACCCCUCUGACCCUUCCAACCCGGAAGAUACUGAGAUGGUGCAGCCUGUGGUAGAGUCCUAUUCGUUGCUCCAAGAGCCUGAAUUCCAACCUUUUGUUUUCGAAGACGAUGGCAACGAGCUUCAAAAUCUAAAAAGAAAAAUAGAGAGAUCAGCUGAUUUUACUGAAACGAAAUUUAUAAUCAAUGACAAGAAUAGAGAGUCUACAAAACCGCCAAAUAAAGUUCAAAGAGUACACUCUAAGACAACUGAAACUGAUAGUUACACCACUGUCAUCCUACGAAGACGUAGAUCCGUUGAUUACGAGGAGAUAUCUGAGGUGUACGAGUCAGACGACUAUCAAGAUUUACUACCGAAACCAGAAGACGUGAUUGAAAUCAACACUGAUGAUGAUUUUGUGGUUGUUAAAACAGGACCAGAUUAUAAAAGUCAUCCAAAAGACACUGACAAGAAAGAAGAAUACGAGGAUAUUACCAUAGUAACAGAAGCUGUAGUGGAGAACAUACGCGAUAUGCAGAAGGAUUUUGACAAGCUGGAUGAUUUAUUACCAGAAGAGCAACUUCCGCCGGGUGAAGAACUAAGUGAAUUUUCCACAGGACAAACAAUCACAACUCGAUUACGUAAUCCAGGUCGUAAUGUACGGGUACUUGAAGCAGAAUACAUCGAGGUGGAAAAAGAUAAGACAACCAGGACGCAAUCAGAGCGUGUCAUGUCGUUGGAAACUGUCAUCAGAGCAUCACAAACUACUAAUUUCAGGAAUUCCGUGAAAAUCAUCAAACAUGAGCAGACUACAACAGAAGAGGAAGAAGAAAAAAAAGGAAUGAAAGAAUCCAGCACUGUAGACGCCAUGCCACCCAUUCUUAAGGAUGCGGUGAAACCAAAGCAACCAAGGGUGGUGAAGAAAGAUCAACUGACUAAAGAAAUGAUUAUUCACGAAAGUAAAGUGUUCAGCAGCGAGUAUGAAUCAUCUACUGACGAAGAGGUUUCGACGGAUGAGGACACAUCUUUUGCUGAGGUACUACUGCCUGUGGUAUACGACGUUGGUAUGUCUGGAAGGAAAAGAACAGCCGACAAAGAUAACCUUUUAAAGGAGCUAGUCCUGCACGAGAGUUAUGUUCCAUCAAAAAGUUCAAUCUUCCAUGUGGAAGAGGACCGGCAGCUGCUUGAGAAGACGGAGUAUGAAACAAGAAGUGAAUACAUGUACAAGAGAACACAACACAGGAGGGAUUCGUUUGAAUCUUCAGACAGGAAAUUUCGCAUGUCGCAUUUUGAUUUUCUGGACACCACCACCGAUGAAUAUGCGACCACGACAGAAGGUACCUCCUCUGAUGAAGAGCGAUUCACUGACAUUCCACAUGUUCUUUCGUAUUCUGACGAAGAUGAAGAGACCUUAUCGGAAGGGAGUAUGCCAGAAAGCGAUGUUGAACUAAGUUUACAAGAGUUUCAGAAGACUUUGGAUCGCAAUGAAAUGGUUGUUUCUAUUAGACAACCUGUUGAAGAAGAAGAAAUUCCAUGUGAUCGAUUCCAAGACGUGCAAACAGACGUCGCGUUUGAGGACUUGUUUCCUCCUGAAACAACACAACUGGAGUUUGUGGUAGAACCCAUUGACGCCGAUGUCGGAAGUGUCACUGUUCACAACCUUGAGCACACGACAAGGAAAAGCACCACAGAAGUCCCUGUGAAAUCCAAAGAACGCGACGUUGGUGGAGUAACAAUCCAUUCACAAGAGAGGACAACCAAGGUAACUGAUGAAGAAGUUAUAGUUUCGUCAAGAGAUAAAAACAUUGGGGCAGUUACCAUCGUGGAAGAGUUUUCUGAAAUUUUAGAUAAAUCAAGUAGAACAUUUAUCACUGUUCGUGAUGAUCACCACCACCCCCACCAUCUUGCUCCUGAUCAACUCAGUAUGCUGGAGGUGUCAGUGGAAGAGGAUAGUAACGACGAGGAAUAUGUCAUCGUUGAUUUUGUUGAUGCACCUGAAAAGAUAAUACAAGACGAAGAAUUUGAUAAAAACAGUGUUGAAGAAUUGUCAGAAGCGGAAACAAAAGAAAUUGACGAAGAUGAUGUUGUGACUGAGAAGACGAAGUCAAGAAAAAGAAAACCUCAAACAGAGGAGGACAAUGAGAUUGAAUUAAAAAAGAAGCCGGAACCGGUUAUGGAUGAAAAAAUAGAUCCAACUACACACGAUCUAUCAGUUGAUACUAAAAAUAGUUAUUCUGAUGAGGAGGAAAAAAACGAAAACGAAGAAGUUAAAAUUAUUCACAUCGGGUCUUCUUUAGAUGAUCCAGCAAAUUUGCAUCAGGAGCCAAUAAAAGAAACGUUUAAAGAAAUUAUCGUUCAGGAUGUUGAGCCAGUUGUUGAAAGCUAUCCAGAACCUGAACCCACAGAUGACCUGUCAUCACCUUCAUCAAGUGAGGACGAGGAAGAAAAACCAAAGGAGGAAGUACAAGAAACAUCAUACGAAACAAAAGUAGAAAAUCCAGAAUUGGAUUAUGUAACUGUGAUCGAAGAAGUUGUUAUUGAGGAACACGAGACAGCGAGAAAAACUUCAAACCCUGAAAUUGAUGAAAUAGAAUCUUCUUCCUCUUCCAGUGAGGAAGAACCAGAAAUUUUUAAUGAGGAAACUGAAGAAGUUACUGUAAUUAAAAGGGAAGAGGAAAUAGAGCCAGAAAGUGAAACAUUUGAGGAGAUUAUCGUUCAGGAUAGUGAACCAGUUGUCGAAAGCUAUCCAGAACCUGAACCCCAAGACGAUCUGUCAUCACCUCCAUCAAGUGGGGACGAGAAAGAAAACCCAAAGGAGAAAGUACAAGAAACAUCAUACGAUACAAAAGAAGAAAGUCCAGAAUUGAAUCACGUAACUGUGAUCGAAGAAGUUGUUUUUGAAGAACACGAGACAAGAAAAAGUGUUUCCAAACCAGAAGUUGAUGAAAUACAAUCUUCUUCCUCUUCCAGUGAGGAAGAACCAGAAAUUUUAAAUGAGGAAACUGAAGAAGUUACUGUUAUUAAAAAGGAAGAGAAAAUAGAGUCAGAAAGUGAAACAUUUGAGGAGAUUAUCGUUCAGGAUAAUGAACCAGUUGUUGAAAAUUAUCCAGAAACCACACCCAAAGACGAUCUGUCAUUACCUACAUCAAGUGAGGACGAGGAAGAAGAACCAAAGGAGGAAGUACAAGAAACAUCAUACGAAACAAAAGUAGAAGAUCCAGAAUUGGAUUAUGUAACUGUGAUCGAAGAAGUUGUUAUUGAGGAACACGAGACAGCGAGAAAAAUUUCAAACCCUGAAAUUGAUGAAAUAGAAACUUCUUCCUUCUCCAGUGAGGAAGAACUGGAAAUUGUAAAUAAAGAGACUGACCAGGUCACUGUGAUUAAAAAAGAAGAGAUUAAAGAACCAGAAAGUGAAACAUUUGAGGAGAUUAUCGUUCAGGAUACUGAGCCAGUUGUCGAAAGUUAUCCAGAACCUGAACCCCAAGACGAUCUGUCAUCAACUUUAUCAACUGAGGACGAGAAAGAAGACCCAAAGGAGGAAGUACAAGAAACAUCAUACGAAACAAAAGUAGAAAGUUCAGAAUUGAAUCACGUAACUGUAAUCGAAAAAGUUGUUAUUGAAGAACAAGAGACAAGAGAAAGUGUUUCUAAACCCGAAAUUGAUGAAAUAGAAUUUUCUUCCUCUUCCAGUGAGGAGGAAUCAGAAAUUUUGAAAGAGGAAACUGAAGAAGUUACUUUAAUUGAAAAGGAAAAGGAAAUGAAGCCAGAAAGUGAAACAUUUGAGGAGAUUAUCGGUCAGGAUAAUGAACCAAUAGCAGAAAGUUAUCCAGAAGCUGUACACCACGAUGAUACAUCGUCGUAUUCAUCAAGCGAUGGCGAAGUUGAUGAUCUUAAAAAGGAUGUUAUGAAGAUAACGUAUAUAACUGAGAAAGACGAACAAGCAGUGGAUUAUGCGACUGUGAUCGAGAGACUUAUCAUUGAGGAGGACGAAAUUGUAAACAUUGUUCCAAAAUCUGAAAAUGACGAAUUAGAAUCGUUUUCUUCCUCCUCCGAAGAAGAAAAGGAACAGACUGCUAAUGAAAUCAUAGUCCAGAACUAUGAGUUAACAAUAACUAAUCCCAGUGAUACGUCUUCUACAACAUCAGGUGAUAAGUCAGAGGACAAUUUCCAGCAUGUCGAGGAGGAGUCUACUCAUAUCGUUCAAAGGGAGGAACCAGACACAGACUAUGUGAUCACGAUCAAAGAAGUUGUAAUGGAAGAGCACCAGAAUGUGAGUUUUUCACGAACUGAACUUGACGAAGUAAAGUCCUUAUCUCCUUCUUCUAGCGAUGACGAAACAGAGAAUGUCGGUUCAGAACCGGAAGUACAGAGUCCAGCUGAAGAGGAAAAAACUGGAGAGCCAGAAAGUGAGGUGUUUGAAGAAAUUGUCGUUCAAGAUGACGAACCAGUUAUGAAAUGUUAUCCAGAAACUAAAGAUGAUAUUUCGUCUUCCUCGAGUGAAGAGGAACUGGAAAAUUUAAAUUCACAAGCUAAAGAAAUCAAUGUAAUUGAAAAGGAGGAGGCUAAGGAGCCAGAGACAUCUGAAAAAAUUAUCGUUCAGCGUAAUGAACUUACUGUUGAAAGCCUUCCAGAAAAUUUAUUUCAAGAUGAUCUCUUCCCCCAUGACAGGGACCAGGAAAGCACAACUAAGAAUGUUAAAAUAAAUGAUGACGUUGAAGUGAUAGAUGAUACUAGAAUUAUUGAAACAGUUCAACAUCAGGAUUUCUCCGAAUCAGAUUCUAGCGACGAUGAGCAACAUCGUGACAAGACCAAAUUUUGUAUUGACACUGUGACGGAAGAAGAUGACGACUUUGUGUCUAGUGUCAACGAAGAAUCCGAGAUUGACGAGAAGAAAAUAAACUUCCCUGAGCCAGUCAAAGAUAAACUAACCGAACACCUUCCCUCUGAUGUCACUGAAGUUGUGGAAGUUAAAGUAGAACAUGUCAAAAUCGAACCAGUUGAAAGUGAGUAUUCAUCCGAUGACGGCGACAUCACACCGACACCAUCGGAUAAUAACGACGAAAAAGAAAGUCCAGCUGUGCCAGAAAAUUUAACUGUUGAAGUUGAUGAAAAGAAUACGAUAUUCUUGUCAAGUACAGAAGAAGGUGCAAUUAGACUUGACGCACCGUCAUCCGACUUAGAGAAAGUCAUUCGCUCAAAUGCCACCAUUGACGAAUAUGUUGUUAUCACCGUAAAGAAACCUGACCAACCAAGCUUUGAUGAAGAAAGGUCUCAAGUACAGAAGAAAUCUACCUCAGAAGAAGUGUGCGGCCAACUUGACGAAACCGAUAAAAGUUCGUCGUUUGAAUCGUCUAAUGACGAUGAACCAGUUGAAGAAAUCGUAAGCGUUGCGACUGAACAAAUUGUCGAAUCUUCUCCCGUGCUUGACGAGAUAGUCGCCGACCAACAAGAAGAGACAACCUACGACUCCACUCUUUCUGACGUCGACAUUAUAGAGUACGACCUUGUUGAGACGCCUUCUUUAGUUGAAAAUGUUGUCGCUUUAGAAGAACGAGCUGAAAAGGACGAAGUACUGCACGAUACGGAAUUACAUGAAAAUACAUUUGUGAGAACGGAGUCUACUUUGGAAGCGAAUAAAAAAGAAUCGCCGUUAACCGUGGAAAAUGUGGUCGCACUUACUACGGAAGUGUCAUAUGAAUCAACGAACCGUGAUUAUGUUAUCAUGGAGCCACAAGUAGAAGAAAUAGAAAGUAUAAAUUUAGCGGAGGUUGAGCAUGGAGAAACUCACGAAAAAGCAGAGCAUAUUCAAAACACUGUAAUAUUCGAGGCUGCUUUUCCACGUAUUGUUUAUCCGUUUCGUAGAUCCACUGUUGAAGUGCCGGCGGACGAGUAUCCAGAAAGUGCUAGCGAUGCCGAAAGCGAAGACGAUAUAUUUGCAGAAGGAGAAAAAGAAGAGUCCGAGGAGGAUCCAGCACCAUAUAAUGACGAAACUUUGGUUGCAGCUACUAUCUUACAGCCAGUUUCACAUACGCCAACCUUUUUCUACACUGGUGAAGAAGACGAACAACUUGGGGAAGACAUACAACUGCCCACAAAAGUUGAACUUUCUUCAGACAAUGAUGUUUCUGCCAAUGAAAGCGAUGUUGACACCCUAAAAUCCAGUGAUAAUGAUGAUGAAGAAUAUAUACACGUGGAAUUUGUGGAGCCUGUUGAGUCUGAACCAACAGAACCUGAUGCAGAUACACUUUUCUCUUCAAAGCAUCACAUUGAUAUCAGCAAGCAACCAGAUGUUAUUUCUCUCAGAUUGGGUCUAACUGAACCUACUGGACCCAUAGAUGAAGAAGUAAGUAAGUGUUCCUCUUCGGAGACUGUAGAUGAUGCAGUUGAGGAGAUGACUACACCAAAAUAUGUGAUAACGCCUGAAAUAAAUUCUGUAGAUGAGUCAGUCGAGCAGUUCGAUCCGCGUUAUGUUGAUGUUUUUGUAAAAAACGUUACCUCGGACGAUGAGCUGAAUACUUCAGAUGAAGAACCAUCUUCUAUAGUGAGCAUCACAUCUGAUAGUAUCGAAGAAGAGGUUAAACGAGUCAUAGUUGAACCAGUCGAAAGCUUACCUGUAGAUGAAAAAGUAGAUUUUAAAGAACCAGAUGGUAUAUUAAGUCAAGAACCAGUACUCGAAAAGAACGAAACAGAAAGUCUUUCUGACGGAGAACUAACAACAUCUGAAAAAUCCGGAUCUGAAAAACCCAAUGAAGAAGAACCCGCCGCUGAAGAGUCAAGCACUCAACCCGAUUCGCCUCGAUUCACUACAUCAUUUGACGUAACUGUUAUAAAACCUAACGAUCCAUAUACAGUGUCCUUGAAAUAUGUUGAUGUGACAAGCGCCCCCCUUCAAACGCAAGAAGUUAACUUUACAAAAUCGGAAGAUGAAAUCGACGCGUCAUCCGAAAUAUCCGAAGAGUCGCCUGAUGAGCGUCCUGACCUAACGUUACCAUCCGAUGAAGAAAUACUCGAGGUUGAACGAAGUCUGGAGGACUUGGACAGGGAACUGAAGCUCAACGAAAAUGUUACAUUGCAGUCACCUAUAAAAAAAAUCCCCGAUAAGGAAACUCUUCGCGAAAGCGUCGUAGUUGACACCAUAUUAGAGCCGAAAAAAGCACAAUAUGAAGAGUCCUUGCCGGAAGAAUUUAUGACAAUUGGCGAUGUUGUCGAUAUAGCCCAGCAGAAGUAUCAUAAGGUUGACGUUUUUUCAUCCGAGCCGCACGUCAUACAAGUUGCUCGCGCUGAAGAAACCAAAAAAGUUGAACCCCAAGAAGAGAUUAAGCAGGUUUUUUCGCAACGAAUGAAAGGCAAACACUUAUCCCAAGUCUUUUCCGACGAAGAAGAGUUACAGUCGGAUAUCAUAACUGGUCGUUACACGCCAGUAGUCUCCACCGUAGAGCUCGGAGUACAAGAGAAGUUCGCCAUCAGCGAUGAUGAAUCAACUAGCAGUGGGAUCAAUGAUACUGAAGAUGAAGAAGAGCAUAAAGAGGAUGAGGAGAACAAAGAGGAUGAAGAAACUAAAGAAGAUCCCAUACAAGAAUUUGUGGUGGAAAAACCAAAAGAAAAUCGUCCUUAUGACGAAGGUUAUUCUUCGCCUAAAGAAAUCAAGUCCUUUGACGUUCAAGCGAUUACUCAAAAACCAAUCGAGUUUGAAAGUCUAUCUGAGAUCAAGCCUGUAAUAUACGAUUACAAUGAACCAAUGUCUCCUACAAAAGACGACGACACAAAAGCUGGCCGAAUCUCUCCAAAAAUGCCAGAAUUUCGCCAAAUCGAACGUAUGGUAUUAAUCGAAGAUGAAAUUCCCGACGAUUUAAAUGAAGUACACAUUAAAGAAAUUGUACCCGAAGAACUUUUUCCCGAUGGUGACCCAUUCGAAAAUGAGGAGGAAGCAGAUUCUACUGCAGAGGAAGCUGAUGAAUCAGACACCAGCACUGACAAAGAUUCGACUGAUGAAGAACCCUCUUUCGUACCGCGCCCCCUGACGUCACAUAGGCAGAAAUUAGGAGAUAUAUAUCAAAGACCAGCACAACAAGAACCUGAAAAGGUCCCGGAAGAUGACGAUGCACCAGAAUACGACAUUUCAAAGUAUUUAUCGUUUGAAGAACAAGAGCUAAAGCAGAUAAUGGAGAGUGAUGAACAACAAGAAGAAGAUAAUAAAGAAGAAGCUACUCCAAUCAAUAUAUUAUCAUAUUUCUCUGAUGAUAACACACUUAAUGUUAACGAGGAACUCAUCAUUAAUGAAACAAGGGAAACGGAAGUGUUUUCAGUACCGGAUGUAGAUUACAAUCAAGACAAAGAAAAAGAGGAGGAAGGAACAGAUGAUACGAAAGAUUCUGAUCUAACAGAUGCAGAAUUCGAGCCUCAUGAAAAGGAAAAGCUGAAGGAAAAAGUGAUCCAAGAGAGAGAACUUGAAGAGUCUGGCGCAGGGUUUUCAUUCAAAUACGGCAUGCAUAUCAUCGAAACUGAAGUGGAAGAAAAACCUGAGAAAGAAGAAAGAAGAGUUGGGAAAUUGGUUAUACCUGAGUUGUUUGAUAAAGAGCAAAAGCCGAAGGAACGUUCUGUUAGAAAGAUUGAAAACACAAAACCGAUCUUUUACGUACCAGAAGAAGUGGAAUUUUCUGGUGAGGAAAAAGUCGAGCCGUCAGACGUAGAGGAGAAACUAUUGGAUAAAGAAGUUAAAACUCCUACAGAAGAGGAUCAGUUAGAAGAUGUUGUGGCGCAGCCACUACAAGAAGCAGUUGUGGAAUCUGUUCCUAAAGUUUGGCUGGAAGAUCCAGAACAAAAUUUUCAACUUGAUGACGAUAAAGCACCUCACCUUGAAGAAUCUAGAACAGAGUUUCUAUCCACGUAUAUGACAGAUAUCAUCGAAACUGAAGUGGAAGAGAAACCUGAGAAAGAAGAAAGAAAAGUUGGAAAAUUGGUUAUACCUGAGUUGUUCGAUGAAGAGAAAAAGCCGAUAGAACGUUCUGUUAGGAAGAUUGAAAACACAAAACCGAUCUUUUACGAGCCAGAAGAAAUCGAAUCUUCGGAUGAGGAAAAAGUGGAGCCAUCGGAAGCAGAGAAGAGACUAUUGGAUAAAGAAGUCAAAACUCCUACGGAAGAAGCUCAUUUGGAAGAUGUUGUGGCACAACCACUACAUGAAGCAGUUGUUGAAUCUGUCCCCAAAGUUUGGUUAGAAGAUCCAGAACAAGAUUUUCAGCUUGAUGACGAUAAAGCACCCCAAGAAAGAGAGCUUGAAGAAGUGGAAGAGAAACCAGAGAAAGAAGAAAGAAAAGUUGGAAAAUUGGUUAUACCUGAGUUGUUCGAUGAACAGAAGAAGCCGAUAGAACCUUCUGUUAGAAAGAUUGAAAAUACAAAACCGAUCUUUUACGAGCCAGAAGAAAUCGAAUCUCCGGAUGAGGAAAAAUUCGAGCCAUCGGAAGCAGAAGAAAACCUAUUGGAUAACGAAGUUAAUACUCCUACUGAAGAGGAUCAGUUGGAAGAUGUCGUGGCACAACAACUACAUGAAGCAGUUGUUGAGUCUGUCCCCAAAGAUUGGCUGGAGGAUCCAGAACAAGAUUUUCAAUUUGAUGACAAAGAAAGUGACCAUAAAGAUAAUGAUUUUGACAAGCCUCUUGUUGAUUCAAAUCCAUUAUCCGAGGACGAAAGUGUGUCAGAGGAAGAUGAGGACAAUGUGAACGACCGAAAAAAUAAACCGGUUUAUGUACGUACUAUGAGCGGUUCAGUAGAACAUUCUGCCAAAGUUUACGUCAUUUCCAGCUACGAAGCCGAAGUGAUUCCUCCUCUGCUUCGAGAAGAAAAACGCUUUGUUACAGAGUAUCAAGCUACUCCUAAGGAGCAUGAACCAUUUAAACUAAAUGAGAGCGUUGAAGAAAGUGUCCGAGAAGAUAAUGACAAUUAUAGCAGCGAUGGUAAGGAAGAUGGUAACAUAUCAGGAACAGAAGAGGAGACAACAGAAGAAUAUGUAAAGCCUUUAGAAGAUGACAAGCUUCCUGUAGUUAAAAAACACGUGAUCGAUGAAGAAAAAGCUCGCGAGCAUGAGAAGUAUGGCAAGUACAUACUUCCAAAUGAAAGUGACACAGAAGUCAUAAUUAUUGACAAGCUGCAGGAACCAACGAUUGACGAAGAAUCUUUUCCAACGCCUGCAGAAGAGGUCAAAAUAGAGCCUGUACGUUCUACUGAUGCGAAAGUUGAUUUCCCUGACCUACCAUCAGAUGGAGAGUUUAAGGUUGAGAGGCCUGUUCCUAUCGACGAAACACAAUACGAAGAGUACGUAAAGUAUGAAAGGUUCGGUAUGCCAAAUGAUGAAAAUGAUACCAAUUCCGUUAUAUUUGAUGUACCAAAAAAGCCUUCUGAUGAUGACGUUGAUGAUGUAAAUGAGGACGAUAGUGAAAGCGAUGAUGAGCCUAGGCCACGAUCAAGGAAGUCUCAAGGAGAUUGGGAAGAGAUAAAAAAGGUUGGGGAAUUAAUGCUUCAAAUAGCAUCACCACAUAAACAGGAAGUCCCCGAUGACGAAUUGAUUCUCACUCCAGAAGAUGAAAAAAUUGCUUUUAAUAAGCCUAAUGAGUUUGCAUUGGAGUUUCCAGAAAAUGGUGACCAAUAUGUGGAAGAUAAUGAAGAAAUUGAGGAGUUUAGCAACUACUUAGAGUUGCAACGUCCUUCUUGUACAACAAUGAACGUUUAUAACGAGGAAGAACUGGGAAAUGUAGAACCUGACGAAAAAAGUGUGGUUCUGCCUGUAGAAGUAACUGAAACGGCCGAGAAAGAAGAAGUGUUUCAGAAAAAUUUUAAUGACCCAGUCGUAUUAAGCGAGGAUGAGUUAGAAGAGCGUAAAGUUGUUGGUAGAAUGUUUCUGCCUGAUCUCAAUAGAACAGAUGGAAUUAUAUUCGAGUCCCUUGCAGAUCCAAAGUUUAUUGAGCCGGAAGAAGAACUCCCUGCAUACGUUCAGAUUGAAGAAAAAAAUGAAGAAUCUGAAAAGCAGAUAACUGAACCUGUUAAAUAUGGAGAGACUACUACUCUUGAGAGAAAAAUAAACAGUCGACCAGUAACGUGUGAUUUUAGGUAUCAAACUUCAAACGAAGAAUCUCCAGAUGAGGAAAACAAAGUAUUUAUCCAACCAAUACAGGCAGAGCCUAUCUUACAUAAAGAACCUGAAGAACCCCAGUUAGAUUCUGACAAGGAAGACGAUCAAGAAGACGAACCAAACAAACCAAGGGAAUCUUCUACAGUGUACAAGAAGGUUGAUGGGAAACCAAUAACAAUUGAUUUCAGAUAUCAGCCUUCAAGCGAAGAAUCUCCAGUUGAGGAAAAUAAAAUAUUUAUUCAACCAAUACAGGCAGAGCCUAUCUUUCAUAAAGAACAUAAAGAGCCCGAGUUAGAUUCUGACAAUGAAAACGAUCAGGAAGACGAACCAAACAAAUCAAGAGAGUUUUCUACAGUGUACAAGAGGGUGGAUGGAAAACCAAUAACAUUUGAUUUUAGAUAUCAGUCUUCAAGCGAAGAAUCUCCAGAUGAGGAAAACAAAGUAUUUAUCCAACCAAUACAGGCAGAACCUAUGUUACUUAAGGAACCUGAAGAAGCCGAGUUAGAUUCUGACAAGGAAGACGAUCAAGAAGACGAAUCAAACAAACCAAGGGAAUCUUCUACAGUGUACAAAAGGGUGGAUGGAAAACCAAUAACAUUUGAUUUUAGAUAUCAGUCUUCAAGCGAAGAAUCUCCUGAUGAGGAAAACAAAAUAUUUAUUCAGCCAAUACAGGCAGAGCCUAUCUCACAUAAAGAACAUGAAGAGCCUGAGUUAGAUUCUGACAAGGAACACGAUCAAGAAGACGAAUCAAACAAACCAAGGGAAUCUUCUACAGUGUACAAAAGGGUGGAUGGAAAACCAAUAACAUUUGAUUUUAGAUAUCAGUCUUCAAGCGAAGAAUCUCCUGAUGAGGAAAACAAAAUAUUUAUUCAGCCAAUACAGGCAGAGCCUAUCUCACAUAAAGAACCUGAAGAGCCUGAGUUAGAUUCUGACAAGGAAAACGAUCAGGAAGACGAACCAAACAAAUCAAGAGAGUCUUCUACAGUUUACAAGAGGGUGGAUGGAAAACCAAUAACAUUUGAUUUCAGAUAUAAGUCUUCAAGCAAAGAAUCUCCGGAUGAGGAAAACAAAAUAUUUAUUCAACCAAUACAGGCAGAGCCUAUUUUACAUAAAGAACCUCCAGAACCCGAGUUAGAUUCUGACAAGGAACACGAUCAAGAAGACGAAACAAAUAAACCAAGAGAACCAGAACAGCAUAGAAACAUGAGUAGCCUUCCUUUCACAGAUACAACAGAUGAUAUUGUCUUUGAUACGAAGAACGUCUCCGAUACAGAGCUAAAACCAGUCACUGAUGACGAACUCGAGGAAUACAGAGCUGUGGGAAAAGUAUUUCUUCCAGAGGUAGAACAUGAAGAAAUGGAUAUUAUUUUUGACAAGGAGCAACCACAAGAAGAAAAUAAUAACCCAGUGAAGGAAACAGUCUUUGUUAACGAGACAACGGAAGAAAUUAUAAUAGCAGAUGCUUUGAAAGAUGUAGAGGAACAACCAGCCAAUGAACAUUGGGAGGAACCUGGGGAGCAACAAGAGGUGGAACCAGAGUACAAAGAGACUACGUCUAUCAUACUACCAAAACCUAAGAGAUUUGUACCAAGCACUGUUUCUCACGUUGUGGAGCAGAAUAUAAUCAUGAAAAAGAAGCAUGCUGAUUAUAGAAAAGACGUUGCUGAUCAUAUAGAAAGACCUAAACAUUCGAUACUUGACAAGCCUGAGUUCUCAACAAUCAGUACUAUUCUCCAGAAAGAAUACCCCCAAAGGAAUGUUUUAUUUCAUGUUUCUGAAGAGGAACCAAACAAACCUGUUGAUACCUACGAAGAAUUAAUUGUUAAAUUUCAAGAUGAGGAAGAAGCUCCGGAAGAAGCUAAACCGCAAGAAACUCUACCGGCGGAUAAGGAUGAGAAAACAGUGAGACUACCGGUAGAUGAAACUAUUGAUAUAGAGGUUAUAAAAACAGAUUCCCCUGUCAAUGACGAACCAAGUGAUGGUGAAACUGAGAGUUCCGAUUUCGUAGGUCACUUCUCUGUUAUUCGACAUGAUUCUGUUACUAGCAUUGAAUCGAAUGAUCGUCUGAGUAUCAUUAGUAGCAUGAAAUUGUCAAAAGACGACACUGUUCCAGAAAAUGAUGAGGAAGUUAUUAACGAGAUCAUAGAAGAUAAAACUCCUGAAGAGCUUACAACUGAGAACAAGAUCUCAAAAGAAUUUACUGAAGAGGCAGAAGUUUCCAUAAUUAAUGCCACAGCUGAAUUAAACGAUCUACCAGACCCAAUUUUUACAGAACAGGCUAAAGAGGACACCGGAGUUGAUGUUGUUGUGGAUGAUACCCUUUCAGAGGAGGUUUUAAAUGAAGCUGUUGUGGAAGAACCAAUGACAAAAGAUAACAAGCGCAAACAAAACGAAGAUUUUCUCUCACGAUUCGAACAAUUAGGAACUGCUACAAAACGGACGUAUGUGCAGCAGAAAAAGUCGCCCGAAGAAGAAACUGUUCCUUUUACACCACUAAACGAUUUGAUUUUCCGUUCUGUGUAUGGAAAUGAUUACAUAGCAACCGAAGAAACAAUUGAGAUAUUAGACGAGCCUGAAGAAACAAUAGAACAUCCAACAGAUGCAUCGGAUGAGAUUCAUCCUCUAACGAAUAAAGAGGUAGAUAAUAGUACAGUUAUUACCAUCCCACUUAAAGAAAAAACAGAAUUAAAGUAUGAUGACUAUAAAUCUGACAAAUCUACGCCUCAAUCGCUGAGCUUUCCAGACGAAAAUCAAGAAGAAGUGUUAGAAAAAAGCGAAGAAAAAUCUUACAAACUUGACCUGCCAAUUGACGAGGAAGAGAUACAGUAUGUAUACACUGCAAAAACAGAAUAUGUGCCUGAGUUUGAAAAUGAUGAUCUAUCUUCAGAAACGUCUUCUGACCACGAGAACUUUGAGCUAGUUCAUCAAGUAUCUCCUAGAACGAAGCGAAAAGCGUCUAAUGAAUUAGAAAACAAAAAAGUUGUUGCUCCGAUUGCGGUUGAUGAUGCCAGAAUAGUCGUCAGACAGUUAUCUAUUAAGGAGCAAAUCUUUUCUGAUCUUGAGAAAGAAAGGGGAAAUAAAUUUUCAGAUUAUCCGGUAGAUGAAGGACUCAUCCCAACACAGGUGAAAGAAGAUGAAAAAUUACCAGACUUUGACGACAACGACGAAAUGCUAGACCAUAUUACCCAAGAGACGGAAGUAAUCGUUAAUGUAAAGGAUUUAAGAAAGACGCCAGAUUCACCUCAGCCUACUAUUAAAGAGAUAAUUUUUGCUGAUCUCGAGAAAGAGAGAGAAAAUAGAGGCCAGUCGUUGGAAUACCCUGUUGAUGAAGACAUAAUACCAACGAACGUAAAAGAAGAUGAAAAAUUACCAGAUCCAGAUUUUAACGAUGACAACAAAUUACAAAACAAAGUUAUUAAUGAAACAGAAGUAAUUCAUGUUAACAUGGAUUUGAAAAAGACGCCAGAUUCACGUCAGCCUACUACUAAAGAGAUAAUUUUUGCUGAUCUCGAGAAAGAGAGAGAAAAUAGAGGCCAGUCGUUGCAAUACCCUGUUGAAGAAGACAUAAUCCCAACGAACGUAAAAGAAGAUGAAAAAUUACCAGAUCCAGAUUUUAGCGAUGACAACAAAUUACCAAACAAAGAUAUCAAUGAAACAGAAGUAAUUUAUGCUAACAUGGAUUUGAAAGAGACGCCAGAUUCACCUCAGCCUACUAUUAAAGAGAUAAUAUUUGCUGAUCUUGAGAAAGAGAGAGAAAAUAGAGGCCAGUCGUUGCAAUACCCUGUUGAUGAAGACAUAAUACCAACGAACGUAAAAGAAGAUGAAAAGUUACCAGAUCCAGAUUUUAGCGAUGACAACAAAUUACAAAACAAAGUUAUCAAUGAAACAGAAGUAAUUUAUGCUAACAUGGAUUCGAAAGAGACGCCAGAAUCACCUCAGCCUACUAUUAAAGAGAUAAUAUUUGCUGAUCUUGAGAAAGAGAGAGAAAGUAGAGGCCAGUCGUUGGAAUACCCUGUUGAUGAAGACAUGAUCCCAACGAACGUAAAAGAAGAUGAAAAGUUACCAGAUCCAGAUUUUAGCGAUGACAACGAAUUACCAAACAAAGUUAUCAAUGAAACAGAAGUAAUUUAUGCUAACAUGGAUUUGAAAGAGACGCCAGAAUCAUCUCAGCCUACUAUUAAAGAGAUAAUAUUUGCUGAUCUUGAGAAAGAGAGAGAAAAUAGAGGCCAGUCGUUGGAAUACCCUGUUGAUGAAGACAUAAUACCAAGGAACGUAAAAGAAGAUGAAAAAUUACCAGAUCCGGAUUUUAGCGAUGACAACGAUAUACCAAACAAAGAUAUCAAUGAAACAGAAGUAAUUUAUGCUAACAUGGAUUUGAAAGAGACGCCAGAAUCACCUCAGCCUACUAUUAAAGAGAUAAUAUUUGCUGAUCUUGAGAAAGAGAGAGAAAAUAGAGGCCAGUCGUUGGAAUACCCUGUUGAUGAAGACAUAAUACCAACGAACGUAAAAGAAGAUGAAAAGUUACCAGAUCCUGAUUUUAGCGAUGAAAACAAAUUACAAAACAAAGUUAUCAAUGAAACAGAAGUAAUUUAUGCUAACAUGGAUUUGAAAGAGACGCCAGAAUCCUCUCAGCCUACUAUUAAAGAGAUAAUUUUUGCUGAUCUCGAGAAAGAGAGAGAAAAUAGAGGCCAGUCGUUGCAAUACCCUGUUGAUGAAGACAUAAUACCAACGAACGUAAAAGAAGAUGAAAAGUUACCAGAUCCGGAUUUUAGCGAUGACAACGAUAUACCAAACAAAGAUAUCAAUGAAACAGAAGUAAUUUAUGCUAACAUGGAUUUGAAAGAGACGCCAGAAUCACCUCAGCCUACUAUUAAAGAGAUAAUAUUUGCUGAUCUUGAGAAAGAGAGAGAAAAUAGAGGCCAGUCGUUGCAAUACCCUGUUGAUGAAGACAUAAUAUCAACGAACGUAAAAGAAGAUGAAAAGUUACCAGAUCCAGAUUUUAGCGAUGAAAACAAAUUACAAAACAAAGUUAUCAAUGAAACAGAAGUAAUUUACGCUAGCAUGGAUUUGAAAGAGACGCCAGAAUCACCUCAGCCUACUAUUAAGGAGAUAAUUUUUGCUGAUCUCGAGAAAGACAGAGAAAAUAGAGGCCAGUCGUUGGAAUACCCUGUUGAUGAAGACAUAAUACCAACGAACGUAAAAGAAGAUGAAAAAUUACCAGAUCCGGAUUUUAGCGCUAACAACGAAAUCCCCGAUACUCCAGAAACGACUGGAGAGUUUGUUAGUCACGUCAUUGUUCCAGAAAAUUCUCAACCAAUUAAACCAGAACUUACAUACGAGGUUAAAUUGGGAGAUCACGAAGUACUUCAUGCAAAUCUUAAUGAAACACCUAAAUCACUUCCAAGAGUCGUGAAAAUAACUCGAACUACUCAACAUACUGUUACGAAUGAGGAUAGCAUUCCCGUAGAUGUCGAUAAUGCCUUGGACACGAAGUCGGAGCCAGAAGAAGUAGAAAAUCUACCAAACAUUGUAUUCCCUGUAACUUUGAAUGACAACGACAUGCCUCAAGAAGACGACUCUUCUUCUGAAGAAGUAGUAGACAUCACGCCAGUUAACGAAGGAGACGAAAUACCUCAUCCUUCUAAUUACAAUAUUAAAUUUUUGGAUGAGGUUAAAGAAAUUGUUAAAAGGGAGGAACACGAACAAAAUAUUCCAUCUGAUCAACCGUCUUUAUCGGAAGACGACAAACCGUCAACAGAACGUCAACCUCCAUUGGUAACACAUAAUUUCACAAUAAUUUCACCUGUUGUUGUGCCUUUACCUGAUGACAGACACGAAGAUCAAGAUUUUAUGCUAGUUUUCAAAGAAGAUGAUAUCUCUCCGUCACCGGUGAAUGAGGAAAUCAAUGAAGCUCAAGAACCCUUAGUUGAGAAGGAACCGGAGUUCCCCGAUCCUCCCCACACAGAAGAAAUUGUUAGUCACUUUGUGGUUCCCAAACAUUUGGAACAAAUUGAACCAGAAAUCACGAAGGAGGAAAAAUUGGGAGAUCCCGAAGAAACUACUGUAAAUUUCAAUAAAAAAUCUCAGCCACUCCCAAGAAUUUUGAAAGUAACUCGAACUUCGCGACAUACUGUUACGAGUGCAGAUGGCCGAACUGUAGAUAAAAUUAGUGAUGUUAAUAGCGACUUGGAAGACGUGAAACCAAAUCAAGAGUCAGAGGCAGAAGAAGAAGAUCGUUUACCUAACAUUUUAUUCCGCGUACCUUCAGAAAUGUUGGAAGAAAAUGACCGAACUGUAGAUAAAAUUAGUGAUGUUGAUAGUGACAUGGAAGACGUGGACAAAAAUCAAGAGUCAGAGGCAGAAGAAGACGAUAGUCUACCUAAUAUUGUAUUCCAUGUAUCAGAUAGUCUUGAGCAUAAAAACGUGCCUAAAAAAGACGAUUAUUCGCCCGAGGAAGAAUUAGAAUUCACGCUAGUUAACGAAACACCUCAUCCUUCUACUUACAAUAUUAAAUUUUUGCGUGAAGUUAAAGAAAUUGUAAAAAGAGAGGAACACGAAGAAAAUAUUCCAUCUGAUAAACCAUAUUCAUCGGAAGAGGACGAACCGUCAACAGAACGUCAAUCUCCAUUUGUAACACAAAGAAUAGUCACACAUGUUGUUAUGCCUUCACCUGAUGACAGACACCUAGAUCAAGAUGUAAUGCCAGCCUUUGAAGAAGAUAAUGUCCCUUCAUCACCAGUGAAUGAGGAAAUUAUUGAAACUCAAGAACCUUUAGUUGAAAAGGAACCGGAAUUCUUCGUUGCGGCUGAUACUACCAAAGAAAUUGUUAGUCACGUCGUGGGUCCCGAACAUCUGGAACCAAUUAAACCAUUAUUAACAAUGGAGGAAAAAUUGGGAGAUCCCGAAGAAAAUCACGUAAAUGUCAAUGAAAAAUUUCAACCACUUACAAGAAUUGUGAAAGAAACUCAAACUGCUGGACAUACCGUUACAAAUGAAGAUGACAGUCUUGCAAAUGACGAUAAUGAGAUGGAAGACGUGGCACUAGGUGAGGUAUCAGUUCCGGACCAUCUGUCAAACAUUGUAUCUCCUGUAACUUCAGAUCUGCUGGAAGGCAACAAUAUGCCUAAGGAAGACGAUUCUUCGUCCGAAGAUAAAGUGGAAGUCAAACAAGGUAAAGAAAGAAACGAAACACCUCAUCCUUCAAAUUACAAUAUUAAAUUUUUGCACGAGGUUAAAGAAAUUGUUAAAAGAGAGGAAUACGAACAAAACAUUCCAUCUGAUAAACCGUAUUCAUCGGAAGAAGACGAACCAUCAACAGAACGUCAAUCUCCCAUGGUAACACAAAGAAUAGUUACACAAGUUGUUAUGCCUUCACCUGAUGAUAGAGACGAAGAUCAAGAUGUUAUGCCAGUCUCUGAAAAUGAUGAUGAAUAUCCUUUACCAGUUGAUGAGGAAAUCGAAGAAGUUUACAAACCUGUGGUAGAGAAAGAACCGGAAUUUUCCGAUACGGAUAUGACCGAAAAACAUGUUAGCCACGUCGUGGGUCCUGACGAUUUUGAACCAAUUGAACCAGAAUUCAGAGAGGAGGUAAAAUUGGGGGAUCCAGAAGAAAUCCUUAAAAAUUUCAAUGAAAUAUCUAAACCACUUCCAAAAAUUUUGAAAGUAAGUCGAACUACUCGAAAUACCGUAACAACUGAAGAUGGUAGACCAGUAGAUAAAGUAAGUGGUGUUGAUAGUAACUUGGAAGACGUAAACACAAAUCAAGUGCCAGAGCCAAAAGAAGAAGAUCGUCUACCCAGUAUUGUGUUCCGUGUACCCUCAGAUGAUUUGAGAGACCACUCCAUGCCUGAAGAGGGCAAUUUUUCUUCGGAAGAAGAGGUAGAAGAUAAAUCAAUUAUCGCUGGCGACGAAGCACCUCAUCCUUCUAAUUACAAUAUUACAUUUUUGCAUAAAGUCAAAGAAAUUGUUAGGAACGAGGAGCACGAACAAACUAUUCCUUCUGAUCAUCCGCGUUCAUCGGAAGAGGACGAACCAUCAACAGACCACCAAUCUCCGUUGGUAACACAAAGAAUAGUCACGCAUACUGUUACGCCUUCGCCUGCUGACAGGUACAAAGAUCAGGAUACAAUGCCGGUUUCUGAAGAUGAUGAUGAAUCUCCAUCAGAAGUUAAUGAAGAUAUUGAGGAAGUUUACGAGCUUUUCGUGGAGAAGGAACCCGAAAUUCCAAAUACUCCGGAUAUGGCUGAAGAACUUUUAAAGCCAAUCGAUUUUGAGCUAAUUGAACCAGAAUUCAAAGAACAAGUAAAAUUAGGAGAUCAAGAAGAAAUUCUUGUAAAUUUCAAUGAUAAAUCUAAACCACUUCCAAGAAUUGUGAAAGUGACUCGAACUACUCGACAUACCAUAACAACUGAAGAUAGCCGACCUGUAGAUAAAGUUAGUGACGUUGAUAGUGACUUGAAAGACAUAGAAUCAAUAAAAGAGUCAGAAACGGAAGAAGUAGAUCGUUUGCCAAACAUUGUAUUCCACGUACCUUCAGAAAGGUUGGAAGAAAAUGGCCCAACUGUUAAUAAAGUUAGUGAUGUUGAUAGUGACAUGGAAGACGUGAACACCAAUCAAGAUUCAAAGGCGGAAGAGGAAGAUCGUCUACCUAAUAUUCUGUUCCGUGUACAUUCAGAUAAGUUGGAAGACACUGAAACACGAAAGGAAGAUGAUUCUUCUUCUGAAGAGGAAGUAGUAGUCAAGCCGGAUAAAGAAAGAGACGAAACACCUCAUCCUUCCAAUUACAAUAUUACAUUUUUGCAUGAGGUUAAAGAAACUGUUAAAAACGAGGAGCACGAGCAAAAUAUUCCUUCUGAUCAACCGUAUUCAUCGGAAGAGGACGACCCUUCAAGCGAACGUCAAUCUCCCAUGGUAAGACAAAGAAUAGUCACACAAAUUGUUAUGCCUUCACCUGAUGAUAAAGACGAAGAUCAAGAUGUUAUGGCAGUCUCUGAAGAUGAUGAUGAAUCUCCAUUACCAGUUGAUGAAGAGAUUAAAGAAGUUCACGAACCUCUGAUAGAGGAAGAACCGGAAUUUUCAGAUACUCCGGAUAUGACUAAAAUAGUUGCUGGCCACGUAGUGGGCUCUGACGAUUUUGAACCAAUUGAACCGGAAUUCAGAGAGGAGGUAAAAUUGGGAGAUCCAGAAGAUUUUAUUGUAAAUUUCAAUGAAAAAUCUAAGCCGCUUCCAAGAAUUGUAAAAGUUACUCGAACUACUCGACAUACCGUAGCAACUGAAGAUAGCCGAUCUAUAGAGAAAGUUAGUGAUGUUGAUAGCGACUUGGGAGACGUGAAACCAAAUCAAGAGUUGGAGACGAAAGAAGAAGAUCGUCUUCCUAAUAUUGUAUUCCGUGUACACUCCGAUAGUUUGGAAGAUAACGCUUUCCCUAAAGAAGACGGUUCCUCUUCCGAAAAAGAAGUAAAAGCCAAACAAGUUAACGAAAGAGACGAAAUAUCUCAACCUUCUAAUUACGAUAAUACAAUUUUGCAUGAUGUUAAAGUAACUGUUAAGACAGAUGAACAGGAACAAAUUAUUCCUUCUGAUGAACCGUAUACAUCGGAAGAAGAUGAAUCAUUAACAGAACGUGAAUCACCAUUGGUAAAACAAAGAAUGGUUGCACAUGUUAUUAUGCCUGCACCUCGUGACAGAAACAAUGACCAAGAUAAAACGCCAGUUUAUGAAGAUGAUUAUGUCUCCCCAUUACCAGUUGAUGAACAGAUUGAAGAACUUCACGAAUCUUUGGUGGAAAAGGAACCAGGUACUCGGGAUAUGACCGAAGAACUUGUUAGCUACGUCGUAGGUCCUAAAGAUUUCGAACCAAUUGAACCGGAAUUCAAAGAGGAAGUAAAAUUAGGAGAUCCGGAAGAAAUCCUUGUAAAUUUCAAUGAAAUAUCUAAACCACUUCCAAAAAUUGUAAAAGUAACUCGAACUACUCGACAUACCAUUAAAAAAGAAGAUAGCAGUCCGGUAGAAGGUGGUGAUGAUAGUGACCUGAAAGACAGGGAGGAUAAAAGGAAUGCGGAGGAGGAACAUCUACCUGCUAUUGUUUUCCAUAUACCUUCAAAUAACAAAGGGCACACGGAAUCAUCUACGGCAGAGGAUUCAGUUCCUGAAGAUUAUAAUGUUAUCCCACUGCCUGUUAGAGAAGAAACUGAAAAUGAACAGAACCUAUUUGUGGAUGAGAGACUGGAAUUCCCCGAUGUUCCUGAUUCAGUUGAACCAAUUGUUAGUUAUGUGGAGGCUCCCAAAGAUUUAAAAUUAAUUGAUUUAGAAUAUACACAGGAGGUUAGUUUAGGAGAUUCUGAGGAAAUUCCGUCGAGCUUUGCUGGACAAUCUAAGCCGCCACUAAGAAUUGUGAAAAUGGCGCGAACUACUCAACAAGCUGCUACAAACGAAAGUGGAAGUCCCGUAGAAGAUGCUAGUGAUGUUAGUGACUUGGAAGAUAUGGAAGAAACAGGUAAAACAGAGGAAAGACAUGAACCGGUUAUUGUGUUCCCUGUCUCUUCAGAUGAUAUUAGGGAUACCGAUACAGAUAUUAAGGAUGAUUCAGUUUCUGAAGAUUCUACUAAGUUUUCAUUACCAGUUCACGUGCAAAUUGAAGAGCAUCAGGAACCACUGUUAGAGGAAGAACCUCAAUUUCCUGAAGUUCCUGAUUUAAGUGAACCAAUUACCACAUUCGUCGAGAAUUCUGAAGAUUUGAAACCAAUUGAAUCAGAACAUACCGAGGAUAUCAGAUUAGGUGAUCCAGAGGAAAUUUCUUCAAAUAUUGCUGAUCAAUCGAAACCGCUACCAAAAGUUGUGAAAGUGACGCGAACUACUCGACGUACUGUAACAAAUAAAGACGGUAGUCCUGUACAAUAUUUUUAUAGUAACUCAGAAGACGUUGAUUCAUACGGGGAGAAAACCUCGCAGCUGCUAGAAAAUGAAAGCUUGCCUACUAAUGUAGACCUUGACCUGCCUGAAGAGGAUCAUUCUUCUUCCGAAGAGAAUCGUUUUUCUUCAGAAGAGGGCACCCGAGGCAAACCAAUUGGUGGAACUGGGGAUGAUCAGAUAGAACCACCUACGUCAGUACCAACAGUUAUGGAUGUGAAGCAAAGAACUCACCAUGUAAAUGGAGUGAUUGAUUCUUCUUCUGUAGUUGGUGAUAAUAACAGUUUAGAUGAAGAAGGUUAUGCAAAAUUGAGUAAAACGCUAACUAGUAUCGCCAAGCCACAUGAAAGUGACCCGUCAUUUGCAAAGGCGUCUCCCUAUUCAAACAAAAACAAUAUUAUCCUUGAAGUGCAGGCUUCUUCGCAGGUCUCUACAGAGAGCGUCGUGGCUGUGGAUUCUGAUACUCCUGAUAAUACACCGGCUACCUUUGAUAAUGGCGGUUUGGGUUACCCUGAAGAAGACGGUGGGGUGAUCAAAGAUUGGAUGUCUAAUUGGCUAAUGCCCGAGAGGAAAGAUCCUCCAACUGAGCAGAAAGCUGUUACUGACAAACCAGAGGGAAAUAAAAAUGAAGAGUUUAAUCAAGAAAACAGUUUCAUAGUGCUUCCAAAUUCAAAGGAAAGGCAUAAACAAGAGGCUGUGACGCCGGUGAAAGGAGGCGUUUUGUCCCGACUUGUGAACGAAAGUAAUAUUGAAACUAAAAAUAAAACGCAGAAUGUUAGGUCAAUAAAAAAGAAGGAAAAAAAGCUUGCAGUUGACCAAAACACCCCAUCUAGGGAGAGUGAUGUUGCUAUAACCGUAGAAUCUAGACGAGAUGUAAAUGCCUCAAACACUCAAUCUGUAGUGGAGAUAGUGAGUCAACCGAUUGCUGUAUCAAACGUUCAAGAAGCCAACUUGUUAGCUGAUCCUGAUUUCCCUGACCAGGACAAAAGUGAUCGCGGUAAGACUCAACAAAAAAUAGAAAAUGGAAGCACGUUCACAGUGCUGUCGACAGAGAACAAGCCAACCGUUUUUGAUGAAGAAAUAUACGAUGAUCCUAGUGAACUUGAUAAGCGCUUCCGUUUCGUAGAUGGUCACACGACUAAUGUAAAAGAAGUAAUUUACGAUCUGCCUGAAACUAAUGACUACGCCCCCCCUCGUGUAACCAAAGUGAAAAGAACGAGCAGGAGACAUACAAAUCAGGUAAUUAAUCAAAACCAAACAAUUAGGGUAGAUGUUAAUUCAUCUCCUGCAGCAAGCACGUCUCAGCCAACAGAAUUAAACGUACAUUAUAAAGUUCCUGCCGGCAACCUUCCUGACACUAGCAGCGACUCUAAUGUGCCACCGGAUGACGAUGAGUCAGUCAUCUAUUUAGAUGAAGACGGGCGCCCUGUUUCACCUACCCUUGUCGCCAUGCUCAAGCAACAACAGCAGCAGCAAAUUGAAAUCGAUGAAGAAAGCAUUCGUUCUGUUCAUAUAUCGCCUAAUGAAAGCACCGCACCAGUUCCGAAACAUACUAGGAAUUACUUAAUCACUAUUAAUAGUACAGGCAGACAGACACCUGUUAGUGAAACACAUCGCCAGGUAAACUGGCCAGAAGAUGAAGAAAGUAUUAAACAGAUUGAAUCUUCAGUGAUCGUUGAUGACGACCCUAAAGAAUCGGAACUUGCUGCAUUUUACUCUGUGCACAGACGCGACAGUGUGUCCACAACUUCAUUAAGGGAAGGUUCCAUUAAAGGUAUACUGUAUGGUGCCAACCCGAGAGAUAAGGACCUUCGAGGUUUCCGGAAUACGAAUCCUGUUUUGGACUUGGAAAGGCAAUCCGCUUCAACUGUUGCAUCGAACACAGAACGUAAAGAGCUUGUUGUUAAGUACAAGCAAGGAGUUGAGGAUAUUUUAGAAGAAAACAAAAUGCGUCACGUUGGGCAAUGGGUGACAACAGUGCACAUACCAGAUGGCAGCAGUACUACCGAUUCAGCACCUCAAUCACCUAACUCCGCUACGAAUAUAGACGUGUUGUGGCAUCCAUCCACACAAAUGGAUGUAUACUGGAAGUCGGGUGCAAUUCAAGACGAUAGUUAUGUAGAAAAGAGUUCAAAAUAUAACGUUUACUGGAAAUCGCAUUUGGAGAAAGAAAGUCACCCUGUAAGACGCAGUCAAUCGCUCACUCGUUUAACACCAAGAGUUCAGCUAACUACGUCUAAGACAACGAGAACUGAACGAUCGCAGCGCGAGGAACGCUUGCUUCAUCCGCGAAAUUUAUUUUUCAUGAAAAACGCCCGCCUUGGUGGAAGCAUGGAAAGUUUAUUCCCCUACGAUUCAAGUGACUCCGCAGACAGUUACGAUGACGACCUUAAUGAUGAAGAUCUUCAGGGUUGGAUUGACGAACCCUCCAAACACUCCCUUGCUGUUCCAUCAAAACAUGUGGUACGGUCACACUCACUGAAAUUAGAUACAGAGACGAACUCUCUACAGCGAGUGGAACCGUUGAAAUCACGUGACUUGAUUAGCGUAAAGCCAAAUCGCAUUGCUAGCUGGAUUGUAUCUAUUAAAGAACAACCGAUGCGCAUUAUCGCUAAUUUUAAGCAAUUCACCAAAGAGAUACGCAAACCGAAUGGUUUGACUGAUGAAGAAGCAUUCUUUGUAUAUUGUUAUUUGUAUGGCAGAAACAAAUGGAAAAUCGUAGCACGCCUAAAUCAACAGGGAAUGAUGGUUAGCAUCAAGGCAGCACGAAAACGAGGCAACAAGUCGUCACAAAAAAGUGAUUUGACAGAAGCUGAAAUCGAAAGAAGAUUGUUUGAAAUUGCUGCUAACGGAAAAGACAGAAAUCGUUUGCACGCAGUGGAUGAAAACGAGGAUGAUAUUCCCUACGCAAGGCUGGAAGAAGAUGACAUCCUGCUGGAAGAUUUUGCACACCAGUUACGUCAGAAACGCGCAAAGCCCGUACCUAUCGGGAAAUGGUUUAUCGUAUUGCGAACUGUACGACAGGACAAAAUCAAGACGUUUAAACAAUUCAGCGAAACAUAUCAUAAAGUUACGCAAUUGACGGAACACGAAAAAUUUGUUGUUUACGCCUUGCUAUAUGGAGAAGCACGUUGGAAGGUGUUGUUGAGUGCUGACAAAAAAAGCAAAUGGAUGGGCGUUUAUGUCGAACCUCGGGAGAUUCCAGAAUACCUGCGGGAGUACGAAGACGUUUCAGACGCACAAGUACGCAAUGCUCUGAUCGAGUUAGCUAUAAAUGAUCCCCUUACACGGAGACAAUUAAUCAAGGCCGGUUUUAAGUUGCCUGAACAAGAGAGUUUUUCCAAGCCUAAGCCUUUACCUGGAUCGCUACGUCACUGGGAAACUCGAUUAACCAAUCACCGACAAGAAGGGUUAUCAAUGGCUGAAUUUGAACUCGCUUUUCCAGAUGUAAAAGAACUGACAGAGAAAGAAAGAUUACUAUUAUUUGCAUUUUACCAUGGUGACCAAGAAUGGGCUGUCAUGAUUCAAUCGAAAGACGGGGGUCAACAAAAUGGCGGAAUAAAAUUCAAAACACAGCGAGUUCAAAGCAGUUUAAAAAUAGAGGAGUUGCUUGUUGAGCUGGACAACGCAGAUGUUUUUGAUAAACACCACCUCGAGAAGUUGAGUUUAAUGUUGGCAACGCCCGAACACAUUGCCGAAUACCUAACUAUGUGGAGUGCAGCUCCAAAAAAAAUUGUCAACACCUAUGAAGAAUUCAAAGAUGCUUAUCCACAGUUUGCUGAUACGCCCUCGUACGAAAGGUUUGUUGUGUAUUGUUUGGUGUAUAAAACACACAAGUGGAUGUUACGUGUACAGAAAAGUACGCAGACGAGUGAAAUUUAUUUGAGACUUGCGCUCCGUCAUGUGCAUUUGGAUAGCGACGAGUUUUUGAUUGAAUUCGAAGACACUAGCUCCCUUGAAUGGAUGCAGUCAGUAACUUCAAUGGAUGAAAUAAAAAAAAAUUUGAAGCACGCUGGGUUUUCUAUUCCCAUUGGUUACUUUGUAACAAACCGUAAAAUAGUGCGAGAAUUACCCACUUCCUUGCAGCAAUGGUCAAACGUUUUCGAUGAAGGUGCCUCAGCCAAAACUGACAGCUUGACAGAAUUCCAAGAUAUGCACCCAGACGUAAAGAACCUACCACUUCGAAUACAACUGCUACUUUUUGUACAUUAUAGUGGUUUUGAAGAAUGGGAAUUAGUUUUAAAAUCCGAUUUCGGUCCUAUAUCCAACUCUGAAGCGAUAUAUUCUGUCGUCGACAAAACGAGAAAAAGACGACGAUCGUCUCGCAAAAGCGCAUCUUCGUCGGGCGCUAAGAGCAUACGAUCGAACUUUUUAGACAGAGCUGAUGGCUAUAUGAAAGUUCAUAAGAAAAUUAUCAGAACUGAGAGGAUGGAAGAAAGUGUGCAGAAGACGCAAUUUUCAUCAAAACCAGGAAAGAGAAAAAUUUCCUAUGCAGGAGAAAUUCGUGACAUAGCAAUUGAUCCUUCCCGAAUCUCCCACCUCGUUCCCGUGUUGGAAGAAGAGGAAGAAAAGAAUUCGGUGCCAAAGUCGUACGAGGAAUUCCGCGAGAGAUAUUUGUCGCAUGCACCGAACGCCACCGAGAAAGAAUUAUACGCGUUGUAUUGUUAUUACUACGGCAAGGAAAUAUGGAAAGUCGUUGUUGAAUCCGAAAAUAAGGAUUGCUUGCAAGAUAUGAGUAUUGUUUCGACAGAAAUGCGCAACAUUGAUCUUCCACACAAAGAUGUCCGACCUGAAACUAUUGCUCACUGGAUUGGUCAAAUCGAAUCCAACCUCGGUCAAAUUAGCAUUUCAACGCUUGACGAUUUCAAGCGAAGUUACCCUGAAAUUAAAAACUUAUCCGAUUCGGAACAAUAUCUAUUGUAUUGUUACUUCCAUGGGCGUUGCUUUUGGAAAGUCACAGUUCAACCUUCGACGGCCGGUGGAACUGUUGUCGCGCUCCGAGUAACGCCGAUGCGACGACACGAAGAAAUUGAAGAGGAGGGGGAUUAUGACUUAGAUGACGUCAUUAGCACACAAAGUGUUGCUGGUUCAGUCGUAGUUGAUAGAGUAAUUACAUUGCCGGAAUUCGAAGACAACUUUCCACAGCGAGAUUACGACAACGAUGAUAAUGACGACGACGACUUUGAGUUUGUCGACUUUGGACAAGUGACAAACAACGACACGACUCUUUAUGUUGCUGAGGCGGGAGAACAAGUUGUCGAUGAAGCCAUUUUUGUCGUCGAAAUACCAGCGGCAUCAAAAUACACCAAUCGCCGUCAAACAAACGUUAAGCGUGCUGAGGUCAAAACUAGUCGUACGAGUAAAAAACGAGAUAAGUCAACGCGUUCGGUAAAAGAAGAUAAGAAAAUGUUGGGAAAAGCUGACCAAUUCUUGAAAUAUAAUCCUAAUUAUACACCGAGAACCAGAAAGAGAACUUUAGAACAGACGGCGUCGGACGAACACGACGAACAUUUAGACUCUUUAAAACGAGCUAUGAAGGAUGAUGCGUCGUGAAAUAUUGUCGCGAAUUAUUUAAAUGUCGUGUAAACAGUUUUUCUAUUUUAUAAUUUUUUUUUUGUUUAUACUUUUUUGCGGAGCAAAUAAAUCAAAGGUCUAAAAAAUUAAGAAAAAACGAGAACAUAUUUAGAUUUAUUUUGAAGCAAGACUAGCUAAAACUCCACAUAAAGAUAAAAAAUAAUUUUUUCACGUAUCGCAUUUGAAAGAUAAUUUGUAGAAUAAUGUAUAUAUGAAUCAUUUCACUUUUCUUUAGUUUUUUUAGGAAGAAAAUAUUUUC